UUUAAAUGUGUUUCCAGAGAAAUAUGUAUAACACAACGUGUUGCUGCUAGUUAGCUACGGAGCUGACGCGUUUAGCGUCAUCGGGUGUGUCCUAAAUGACUCCAUACUCCCUACUCUGUCUGUAGUGCAACAAUGCCCCAGGCAGCAUAUGUAGUGCACUAAAUAUGUAUAUCGGAGGCAUACCGGACACAAGCCGCUAUUCUUCAAGCUUGGUUGCUUCGUUUCUUUUAACAUACAGCAGAGUUUCCCGGCGAUUUCUAUCCGCGAAUGAAAGAAAACAUCGACAGUUGAAGGGGGAAAAAAAGACACUCCCACGUCAACACUAUCCAGAGAACUUAAGUUUGAGACACUUGAAAUGUAUUUCCAGAUGUCUUCGACCUUUAAGAGCUUUUUCUUCUUUUUGUCAGAAGGUUAGCGUUGGUAACCAUAGCAACGGAUGUCCUUUAACUACCUCUGACCUGUCAGUUUGACCCGAUACGGAGACGCCCGUCUAAAAUCGGACGCACGAUGUCGACCGGAGACGCAGGGGACCGUGGGAAAGAAAGGGAACGGGGUGCCCGUCCCAAAGUGCGUCAGAGCCGGUCUGAGGAACGGCAGGAUGGAGGGAGGCGGAAAGGAGGCAGGGGUAAAAGGAAAGGCCGCUUGGCUCACGAUGCGGCGUCGGACCGGCCGGUCAGCGACGGAUUCGAAUACGGCGAUCUCUUAAACGGGCUGGAACCCGGAAACACAGGUUCUUCAUUUCGUGAACGCCGGUGGCGCCAAGUCCUCGGCUCACCCGCGUCCUCGUUGAGCGAGAAAGUCCCGGCCAGGAUAUCUCAGAGCACUCUGAACGACGAACAGCCUAUGCCCGAGACCAGCAGCAAGUCUUCUGGCGGCAGUCGUACCCUCAGGCAGAAGAUUCAGGACGCCGUAGGCCAGUGUUUUCCCAUCAAGACCCACAGUGGACCUUCUGCUUCAGGAUCGGGCAUCUCGGCGUCUCCUGUCGCAGCUUCUUCCCGGAGGAAGAUCCAUCUGAGUGAACUCAUGCUGGACAGUUGCCCGUUCCCACCUGACUCCGAGCUAGCGCAGAAAUGGUACCUGAUCAAGCAGCAUACGGCUCCUGUUUCCCAACCGCCCGUACUCGACGCUUUCUCUGCGUGCUCUGCUUCCUCGGCUUCUGUCGUCGAGGACGAGGAUGAUCGCUUGCGAGAGAGGCGGAGAAUAAGCAUCGAGCAAGGCGUCGACCCACCGCCCAAUGCGCAGAUCCACACGUUCGAGGUGACCGCGCAGAUCAACCCGCUGUACAAGCUCGGGCCCAAGUUGGCGCACGGGAUGAACGAGUUGGCCGGGGACGACCGGGCCACUCUACAACAACAACAACAACAACAACAACAGCAGCAGCAGCAGCAGCAGCAUGUGCUGCAGAGGCAGCAACAGCACCACCAACUGCUUCUCCAGAGCUGCUUGGACACUCUAGACGAGGUCGUCGCGUCUUCCUCAGGAUCCGCCCCAUCCUUUCCUACCGAAUCCCAUCCGGAUUCGGAUUCCUCCUCAUCUUCGCCGUGUUCACUGACAAGAGCGUCCCUGGUGACGACGGAGCACUUCAAACCUCAAGAUGGCCACCAUCGUGCCCACACGCAGAUCGAUUACAUCCACUGCUUGGUGCCGGACCUGCUCCAGAUCACCAACCUGCCGUGUUACUGGGGGGUCAUGGAUCGCUACGAGGCCGAGACGCUCCUGGAAGGCAAACCCGAGGGAACCUUCCUUCUUCGCGACUCGGCCCAGGAGGACUACUUAUUCUCGGUCAGCUUCCGGCGCUACGGCCGCUCUCUGCACGCCCGUAUCGAGCAGUGGAACCACAACUUCAGCUUCGACGUACACGACCCCAGUGUGUUCCAUGCACCCACGGUCACGGGCUUGCUCGAGCAUUACAAGGACCCCAACUCGUGCAUGUUCUUCGAGCCACUGCUCUCAAGUCCCAUCCAUCGCACGCGGCCGUUCAGCCUCCAGCACAUCUGUCGCGCCGUCAUCAGCAGCUGCACCACCUAUGACGGCAUUAGUGCCCUGCCCAUCCCCAACGCCCUCAAGGAGCACCUGAAGGAAUAUCAUUACAAGCAGAGGGUUCGUGUACGGAGACUCGAUACCGGCUGGGAGUGAAAACCUCGGUGUGUUUUUUGCUAACUUUUACCAUGGCCAGUAAAAAAAAAAACAAACAUUGUCAACAAAUCCAGCACUCCUAAUGCAGGCAUGCUAGCCUUUUGAAUUUAUUCAGUACAGAAGCACGUUAAGACUAGCUUUAACGAAUCACUGAUUCACAGAACCCGAGCGAUGCUAAUACGACGGACGCCGCACCACUUGAUUGCUAAUUCCUACCACAGGCAGUAUAGACUAGUGCUUUGUGGCUAGAAUCAAAACCCAAGUGUUCUCAUGCUAAUCUAGGGAAGACUGCGAUAAACUUCAGAAGUACCACUAACGUUAGUGAAUUAGCGACUCCAAGCAUGCUAAUGCUUAUACACUAACGACUGCACGACUUGAUUGCCGUCUGAUACCGUGGCAAGUAGAAACUAUAGUGUUUGAGCUAGCAUGAACGAACCACUGCAUGUCAGUCUAGCGUAUUAAAAUACUAAUCUAAGUUUUAAUGAUCACAUCAUGUAGCCACAAACUGCUACAAGAGACUUAUGUUUGGCUUCAAAGUGCCCCUGAAAUGAAAUGCUGGUGUUUCAGAGCUCUUCACGUGUGCCUCAUGUAUAUCAGUGAAAUGUUAGGUUCAUGGGGGGUGGGGCAUGGUAAAUACCAUGUUAAUCCUGGCUAGCAUGUUGCAGCUUGCUAUAAAAUAAUCCAGUUCACAUCUUCUUUACAAAGAUUACAUGGAAGUAUUGUUAAUGUAAAUAGAUAGCUAGCUAGCUAACCCGUAAUGAAAUCUAUCUGGCUGGUUUUGUAGCUCUCAACUUUGGAUCAUUUGGUGAAAUAAUUCAAGCAACUCGACACACUUCCAGGUUCAAAGGUCAAAAUCAAGAGGAAAAAAAAAAAGCUUAUUUCAUGGAUACUUUUAAGCCAAAAAUGUGAACCAUGCUAACGCUAGCAAAGAAAAACAAAACUAACGAGUGUGGGAAUAUUCUAGAAAUUGUAGUCUUGUCUAGAAGUGCCACUUGUGUCCCGGGACCGUGUAAACUCUUGGUAUAAUUCCAAAAUUUAAAAAAGUUGAUUCAUGGUUCUCAGCUCCUAUCGAGCACUCUUAAAGGGUCAAUAAGUAAUAUUUUAAAAACAACCUGCAAUCCAAACCUUUUAUUGCCUUCAUAGUUCACAAAAUGCUUCUUAUGAGCUUUGAUCUGCCUCUAAACGGCUUCUGAUUGUCGACUAUCUCAUUGUAGAACAGUGGGCGGGACGUAAGAAUAUAAUAACCAAUCAUUGGUCACCUCCCGGUUCCUCACACCCAGUCUAAACCCAAAGUCCCGCCUACUAGAAAACGGCAUUUCACUCGGAAACACAUCAGAAGUUUGCGUUUGAAUCUCCGUUUCACGUCGUGGUUAAUGUUUCGAGUGAGAUCCGCUUACAUCAUGAAGUGACUUCCCUGCAGAACAUUCCAGACCUGCUGACUAACCUUCACGCCGAUUUGAUAUUCUGUCCUGCUGUAACGAACCUUUCGAUUCGUUACAUCUCUUGAGGACAAAUGUAGGACGUUUUAAAAAUAUUCAACUUUGGAUGAGUAAAAAGGGCGAUCCUUUACACCACAAGUUCAUGAAUGUAGCAGUUUUGUAUCACUUCUAGAUGAAAUCAGAAGGAAAUGUACUUCACCUCGAGGGUUGGUGAUACCUUUACUUGUCCGGAACUCCAUAUUUGAAGGAUAUUUUAUUGCACUAUUCCCCUAAAGGUGUUUCAGCAUGGAUAAAUAACCAGCAGAGAUAUCAGCGUUAAUUAGACAUGUCGAUAAUGAUCAUACUGCGCUCGUUAGUGUCAUAAGUAUUGUGAUAUACAGUGAGAAGAAAAAGGAUGUGAACCUUUUGGAAUUUCAUGGUUUUCUGAAUAAAUUUGUCAUAAAAUGUGAUCUGAUCUUCAUCUAAGUCAAGGGUGUUGACAAAUAUAAUGUGUCUAAAAUAAUAACACAAAAUAAAUUCUGAUCUUUCAUGUCUUUAUUGAGAACAACCAAAAAAACCCUCAUGGUUCUUGUGGAAAAAGUAUGUGAACCCUUGAGUUAAUGACCUGAAAAAAGCUAAUUGAAGUCAGGUUUUAGCACACCUGGAGUCUCGUUAAGAAAAUGAGUUUGGAGGUGUGGACUACAGCUACUUUGACUAUUUAAAAACCCCUCAAACUUUUGGAGUUUGCACUGCACAAGAAGCACAUGCUUAUGUGAGGUGUGCCUUGCCGAAAAGAGCUUUCAGAAGAUCUACGAUCAAGAAUUGUUGAUUUACAUAAAGCUGGUAAUGGUUACAAAGUGACUUCAAAGACUUUAGAAAUUCACCAGUCUACAGUUAGGCAAACAUUCUACAAAUGGAGACACUUUGGGACUGUUGCUACUCUACCAAAAAUUGGGCGCCCAGUCAAAAUGACACCAAGAGCACAACGAAGACUCAUCAGUGAGGUAAAGAAACAACCCCGAAUGACGGCCGACGAUUUGAAGGCAUCAUUGGAACUGGCUAACAUCUCUUCAUGGGUCUACAAUACGUAAAACAUUGAACAAGCAGGGUAUCUACGGCAGGAUACCACGGAGGAAGCCACUGCUUACUAAAAAGAACAUUGCUGCAUGCCUGAAGUUUGCAAAAGAGCACAAUGACACUCCACAGCGGUACUGGCAAAAUGUUUUGUGGACUGAUGAAACUAAUAUUGAACUAUUUGGAAAAACCACACAGCACUACAUCUGGCAUAGAAAGGGCAUCAUAUCAUCAUGAAAACAUCAUCCCAACCAUAAAGUAUGGUGGAGGAAACAUCAUGAUUUGGGCCUGCUCUGCUGCAUCAAGGCCUGGCCAGCUUGCCAUCAUUGAGGGGAAGAUGAAUUCCCAAGUAUAUCAGACAAUUCUUUAGGAUAAUGUGAGAAUGUCUGUACGUCAGCUGAAACUGUGUAGAUGUUGGGUGAUGCGACAGGACAACAACCCAAAACACCGGAGCAAGUCCACAACAGAAUGGCUUCAGAAAAACAAAAUCCGCCUUUUGGAGUGGCCAAGUCAGAGCCCAGACCUCAACCCUGUAGAGAUGCUAUGGAAUGACUUGAGAGCCAUACACAUGAGAAUAUGACCGGACGAUCCACAGCUACAGGAAGUGCCUGGUUGAGGUUAUUGCUGCCAAGGUGGGGUCAACCAGUUAUUAAUUCUAAGGGUUCACUUACUUUUCCCACUGCCAUUUUGAAUGUUGAAUGAGUGUGUUCAAUAAAGACAUGAGGGAUCAGAAUUUUUGUGUUAUUAUUUUAGACACACUAUUUGUUCUUGACUUGGAUGAAGAUCAGAUCACAUCCUCUGACAUGUUUAUUCAGAAAACCAUGAAAUUCCAAAAGGUUCACAUACUUUUUCCUGCCCCUGUAUAUCGUACAACUGAUUAUCGGCACAUGCCUUGCAAGGGUUAGCGUGAUUCAUCUGAGAUAAUUGGAUUAACUCAUGAAAAGGUUCCAAACCUACUGUAUACCCACACACUGUAUACACACACUGAGUCUUCGGUAAUGAAGAAAUGAAUAACAGAACUGUAUUUAUUGCGAGUGUCUUAUUCUCGUCUGCAAGUCGACUGACUUUAAGCUAGAUUUGCGUUUAGGUUUUUUUGUGGGCUGGUUUGUAAGAACAAUUCAUUGCAACAUUCAGGAAGGGGGGGGGGAACACUUCUGAGUUGCACAAGCUUUGAGCUGCAUAGUAUGAUAGCUAGCUAAUGUGACCACACAAAAGAAGUUUUGAGUUUGACGCUACGCUGUUUUUAACACGCCCUUGGUCGAAUCCCCUGUGCUAUCCGAAAUGUCUUUCAAUUACUUUUUCGUAGGAAUGGAGUUCGUUACACAAGUGUUGGACGAACACUCGAGUCAGCUUACGGUCCGAGUCUGAUACAACUUCCAUCUCAAAACAGCAACAAAAAAAAACCUACAGAAAGAGCCAUUUGAAGUGCUUACAUAGUGGGGAAAUGGACCUCCUUAGCCAGCUAACUAUAUAUAUAUAUAUAUAUAUAUAUAUAUAUAUAUAUAUAUAUAUAUAUAUAUAUAUAUAUAUAUAUAUAUAUAUAUAUAUAUAUAUAUAUAUAUAUAUAUAUAUAUAGCGCUAGCUAGCUAGCUUAAUUGCUAUUGCUACAUACAAGGUUUGGAGAAACUUUCCAAUAAAAUUACCACAGAAGUGAAGUUACCCGAAGUUAGGACUAGCUAGCUAAUUAUUGUUUGGCAUGCUAGCUACUUAACAACCUGGUAUGUCUAUGUAUUUCAAAGCCAAAUGACUCAACUAUUUUUUUUAAAAUAAUAUUUAUAUAAUAUAGUUAGCAGUACAUCUAUUUACAGUAUGCUAGCUAUUUAGCACCACAGCGUGUGUAUAUCUCUUUUUUGUUUCUAAUUCUCCACAAAGAACUUACCAGAGAGAGAGAGAAGGGAAAUAUCAAAGUCUUACCCUUCAGCAUUUAGAAAGCUAUCUAAUCUAUUUGUUACUGUAGCUAAUUAGGUCUUUUCAACCACAUUUUACAUGUGUUUUUUUUAAUAGCAAACCAUGAGGUGAGUUUGCUUUGGAAAAGUGCAUUUUGAUAUAAAUCCUUUCCCCGUGUUGCAAGUGCACAGUUUUUUCCUUUUUUUGAAGUUGUACGAGGGAGUCAACGAGGGCGCGUUGAGAACAGGAUUGGAAGACAGGUCUAGGAAGCAACAAUAUUUAUUUUCUUAUUUAAAGCACUGUUUUAACUUUGCUAUUUCACUUGCUUUCCAGUUGUUUGUUAUUGUGGGACCACACUGAACGUCUGCUGAACAAAUAAAUACGUGAACUCUGAAUAUUACUGGGGUUUUUUUUUUUUUUUUUUUUUUUAAACACUGGUAUUUCUUCUUUUUCUUUUUUUAUUUAACACGUACCUACUGAUUUUAUUUUAUUUUUUGCUGAUAAUAGUUUAUUUCUAACAUAGCAAGAUAAAAAUUGAGUAGUUGGAUGAUGUGAAAAGCACACAAUAAACUCUUCUGUAUAUUUACA